CUACGUUUUCGGACGACGAGAAGCGGUUCGUCCUAGGUGAAAUGAUCAAGGUCAGCACCGUAGACGUCUAUACUCUCGUCGAAUUCAUCAAGGCUCAUCAUGUCGAGCCAAACUGGAUGUCGAUGCAGCUUCCCGGCGGUACGUAUCUGGGGAUCGCCUUAACGAAUAUGUCCCCCUAAUGAAAGCAGGCCGUAAUAUGAACCAGUGCCUUGGCGCAGUCGAAACCAUGUUCCAGACUAAAUAUCCGCCGCCGAAUUUGACAAACUUCAAGCGCAAAUCCCUGAGCGACCUAGUAGAUCACCCUGCGAAGAGACAAGCGAUGAUGGCCCCUCUCGAGCCUCCCGUAGCUUCAGCUCGCGUCAUCCAGCCGCGCCCUCCGCCAAACGGCUAUCCGCCUGCCGUGCCCGUCAGUAUCAGUCCUCCGGUAACCUCAACAGGUAAGAAGCGCGGCCGGCCAUCCAAGGCAGACAAGGAAGCUCAAGCUCGCGCCAUCUACUCGCGAAUGUCCGAGUAUGCGCCAAUCACGCCAGCGCCUUUAGCUCCGUUAGCAGCCCAGCCCCAACGCGAAUAUGCAUCAUCCCCUGGAUACGAGAUCUCAAGCAACCCGGGUGACCAGAAAUCGAAGAAGCGCGGCUUUGGUGCAAUCGACAGUCCACGACAAGCGAGCAGUUCGUUCCCUCUUACCUCGCCAGCAUCCACCACAGAAACUCCCCGCGCUUUUCCGGAGCCUCUCGAGCAAGUAGAGAGAUCUACCUUGUCGCCUCGUGAUCGAGGUUCGAUAGCACUGGAUUCACGAUCACCAUCGGUCCUUCCACAUAUUCAGCAGCAGCAAGAACCAUCGCAAGGAGGACUUCCUCAUUUACAACCUCGAACGCAACCUCCACAUCCAUAUCCGCCAUCUCCGCGAAAUUUGCAAACGUAUGAACCCUCUCACCGAGCUGUUGAUCCCAUAUUCCCAAAUAGAGACAGGACGAGACACGAUAUUCCAAAAGACGUCCCUCCUCCGGUAACCACGGUAGCGGAUCGGAGUUAAAGAAGAGUGUAGCAUAAUAGACGGCCAGCUUGGUCAUUCGAUACCAUAAUCCAUCAUCGAUAUCUUGAGUUUAUAGAGAGGGUUCUGGGAGGCUAUUUCGUUUUACACUUCUGGGGGUUAGCACGGUUCCCGGUCCGUUCUUGAUAUUUCGUAUCCAUCGAGAAGCAUCAAUUACUAUUUUUACGGGAUACCCACAGGUACGACUUCUCCUUUUCACGUACUGACGGCCGGCAAUCAUCUAUACCACUUUCAUGGCCCCUUGUUUGCUGGUUGCAUUUUUCCCCCCAUCCCAUUUAAAGCAGACGAGCAGGUUUCAUUCGUAAAAUGCAACUCGAUGUUCUCUAUUCCAACGGCGUCUAGGCAUCAUGGACACGAUCAGAAUUCGACCCGACCCCGUUGUUGAAGCAUUUACGGCGCAGUUCUGUUGCCGGGUGGCAUAGGAUCACGAUUUUCCCUCUCAUAUUCUCGGCGGCUGGCAGAAGUAUUAUUUUAUUCGUGUACGAUUCCCUAGGGCGUUUUUGGUUAUACGGAGGGGGGCUAGGGGCGGCGGUGGGCUUUAUGAUACAUAUGUAUAUGCACGACGGGUCGAUUGUAGGUUUAUGGGAAAUACUCCUCGUAGUAGAUAGAAAUUCUACUAUUGAAAACUACCUUGAACAGACGAUUGCUUUUCAAAAACGUGCUUUUUGUGAGAGAAUCGAGUGCAUGCGGGACUUGGAUAUUCGAACUAGAAUAAAUUGGAAUAUUCGUA